AUUCAGCACCUAUCUCAUCUAAGGUAAUGCAUGAAGUAAAUGGAGAUGAACCUGUUAUAACUGUUAAUAAGAGUCAAUUUAUGCAUCCAGAGGGGUUAAGCAGUCUGAGGACUUCACUCAAAGACGAAGUGAAGAAAAACCAUGAGAAAUUAAAUACCACCCAUGUUAGUGUUAACAUGUGAUAAAUAUAAGUACAGUCAAGAUAGGCUGAACUCACUAUCUCAUAAUGAUUUUACUGGUCCACCGGAAGGUUUUCGUGCAAUGACUCCACUCCAUGUCAAACCAGCAAGAUACAAUUAUCUGGAUAGUGACAGGACUCCAAAAGCUGAAAUAUCGGAGGCCAGGGAUGUGUACACUAAUCACAACAUUGAUAAUAUCUGUCAAAGAAUAAAUGAAAAUAAAGAGCGAUGCCAAGCUAGAGUGGAUGAUGGUAAAGAAACCCAUUUCUUGUUUGGAUCUGAUGAAAUUGACGCUAAAACUAGUGGCAAUGAUGCAAAAAGUAACAAAAUGCACAGCAGGUGUUAAGAAUAUGCAGGAUGGGAACCACCAACAUUUAAGUGUCAGUAAAAACACUUGUGAUAAUGAUGAUACGUUUGAUUCUGGUCUCAAACAUUUACAAGGACAACUACGAAAUGUGCUCAAUAAAAGGAAUAUCUGUCCUCUUAGUUUGAAUCUGAGACGUGCAUUUUUAAAAUGUGAUGCACAUCAAACUGGUAAAGUGUCCAGAGAUGACAUCAAGACAAUCUGCACCAGAUUGCAACUGAAUCUUUAUGAUGGAUUGCUGGAUAAAAUGAUGGACAGAUGUAAUUCAGAUCAGAAAGGCAAUAUUGAUUACAGUGAAUUUGCACGACAUCUAACUUUACCAGGCCAACCUAUCAGUCUUCCUACACCAGUGGGUACAGCCUCCAUUAUGGGCUAUGAUUAUCGUCCAAUUUAUCAACGAAAUUUUACAGAUGCACAGCUGUUAACAAUGGAUGAGAUGAAGAAGAAAGAGCCAAGGCCGAUGACAUCACAUUUGUUUCAUACUGAUAACACUGCCGGUUAG